AUGUUCAAUUUCAUAACAUCACGGUAUUUUGACUCAGCUUAUUUAAAUCAUGAGAAUACAGCUUUGGUUAAAGAUAUUUGUAUUGGCUUAACAAAUAUAAGCAUGUUAAACAAACGUUUUGAAAAAUCACCCAUGAUUGAACAAAUAUUUCUAACAGUAACUACUGAUCCUGUUGAACGAGAAAACCUUUAUUUAAAAGUAUGGCAAACAACAUUUGAUUACAAUAUGGGAAAUGAUUAUCAUGUCAGAAACUCUAACAGUUUGAAACGAACAUCUACAAAAGCAUUACAACGUCUACAAAUGUUAGUUGAUAGUGGAGACACUAAUAUCGUCUGUUUAAAAUGUAGUCUACAGUUGAUAAAUACAUUUAGAUUACCAUUUCCAACCGGACCAAGAAUCUCUAAAGCUGUUUGUAGAAUCGUCGGUAUUCAAUUAAAUGGUGAUAUUUUAUUGACAAUCAAUAAUAGUGUAUAUUUACUUCACUAUAAAACAUUGAAUAAGUAUUUUAAAUUAAGAUCUUAUUUAUUAAAUUUAAUGAAUCAAUCUACUGAAAAUAAGAUGAUUCCAGAAAUAUUACAAAACGUAAUAAGAAGAAGAGAAUGGAAUGUAGAUGGAUUGAAGAAAAUGAAUGAUGUAACUUUGUCUUUGGUAAGUUUUUUCUAUUGCUAA